UUCGCUUCUAGGCUUUACAAUCUAUUUCACAGUUGAGUAAAGACAAAACAAUGGAUUCAUUAUUUAGUUCGUUUAUCUAAGACCACAGUACAAGCCACAUCAUCUUACGAUCUCGUAGGAAAAACAAACAAAGCUUCGAAGGUCGUUUUCAAACCUUCGUUUGUGUGCCAAUCCCAUCCCGGAAGAGGGAGGAGAUUACAAAUACACACAAUUUAAGCGUCAGUUUAUCCGGUUUUGGGCCACCUCCGAGAAGAAAUCGCUCUUUUACAAUGAAUUUCCAGGGAUACGGUGCACCGGCUGCAGGCGGGUAUCCAGGUGGAUUCCCUGGACAGCAGCAGGACCCUCUGUAUGGAUACUUCACUGCCAUCGCUGGUCAAGAUGGCCAGAUAUCUGCAGAGGAACUUCAGGCUUGUUUGACUCAGGCCAACUUUUCUGGUGGCUACAGACCUUUCAACAUUGAGACAUGUAGACUGAUGAUCAGCAUGCUUGAUAGAGAUAUGUCUUGCUCAAUGGGUUUCAAUGAGUUUAAGGAGUUGUGGGCAGUGCUCAGUGGCUGGAAGCAGCACUUCAUGAGCAUUGACAGGGACAGGAGUGGCACAGUUGACCCACAGGAAAUGACCCAAGCUGUUUCCUCUAUGGGGUACAGGCUGAGUCCCCAGGCCAUGAACUGCAUAAUUAAGCGUUACAGUUCUAAUGGGAAGAUCUCAUUUGAUGAUUAUGUCGCUUGCUGUGUCAAACUGAGGAGCUUGACUGAUCUGUUCAGAAAGAGGGACCAGGCACAACAGGGAUUGGCGACAUUUCAAUAUGAUGAUUUCAUCCAGUGCACCAUGACCAUCUGAGAGAAGCCUCUGGGUUCCUGCAAAGAUCCACAAAUAGAAAAAUGUAUACUUUAGUUUUCAUUUUUAUAACUUUUAUAAAAAUUGACUUCCAUUUUAAUGCCUUUGUGUCAUACUUUGACAAUGUUGUAGUACUUAUGCAAUAUAAAACAUACAUUUAAACAUUAUUGUUUGCAGUUGUACUAUUGCAUUAUUCAUAUGACUAAGUACGGAAUGCCUCUAUACCAAAAACAUUUAUAGUCUAUCCACUCAAAAUGUAACAUAUAUAUUCUAUAUCAAGUUAUUGUAUCAAAGCAGCUAUACAGAAAUACAUAUUAAUGUUUAUAAUAAUGCCGUACCGUCACAGAUUAGAGUGGCAGUAUAUUAUAGUAAAGCAUCAUAACCAGCAUCUCACCUCUGGAGUCUUGUCAGCAUAUAUAUAUAUAUAUACACCUCCAAUUCAUUUGUCUUAAUUUGACAUGGUCAGUAAUGAAAACUUUGUCAAUGUGAAGCGUGUUAAACUAAAGAUCCACGUGUAAGUGCUGGAAGUAACUGGAAGUAAAAUGUUUUAUUAUAUACCAUCAAAGAAUUCUUGACACUUGUGUCUGCUCUACUUUUUGACUCUGUGCAAUGGCUGUUUGAAAUGUUAGUGAGACCUGUUUGCGCAUAUUUUCAUUUACACUCAAAUUCUUUUUAACUAACACACCAUUUAAGACAUUCCCUGUUUGACUUAAUAAAUGAUAACAGAACACUUA